AUGGAGGCCGCCAUGGCCCCUGUGAGGCCCCCUCCUGAUGAGGCCCUCCGGGGGUUCCUCUCACGCCUCCACGGGGAUGUCAACGGCGAGGAGGCGCGCCGCGCCGCGCGUCGUGUUGGCUGCGAUCGGCCUCCCCUUGUCCUCUCGCAGCCCUCUCUUACAGGGAUGCUCCUCACCCCUCCAGGCUAUGGGGGCCGCCUGAUCGAACUCGUCGUGAUUCUCGCGCGACCCCGCCGUGGCGACGGGGACGACCCCGCGGCGGGGGGGUGGGAUUUGGACGUCGGCCGCCCUUCCGUUGCGGCGGAGUCCACCCUUGGACAGGUCGUCGAGCGCAGUCUCGGCCUCCUGAGGCUGCCCAGAAGGCCGCCAGAUGUGGGGGAGGGGUGGGUCUCGCACGCCACCCUCUGGCGGAUUGUCUCUCAUAAUGAUGAGGCCGUAGUUGCGGAACAAACACGGGUAGGUCCGAUUGCUUUUCCUGGUGGGACUCCAAGCCUGAGACUGAUUCUACAAUCCCCUGCGACGGUCGCGAGAGAUGCGCUUCACUCCGGAGACGCGGUGGUUUUGCUUGCCACCGAUUCUCCAAACGACUACGCGGGGAACUCGGCCAUUUCGUCGCUCUUGGACGCACUGGUGGAUUUAUUUUUCCCGCCACAUCGCCGUUAUUGUGAGUUGGCAAAACAUCCAUCUGUUUUAGCUGUGGCCACUCGACUUCGUCUACAUGCUCAACCGCGUUUGGUUGCCUCAUCUCCCCUUGGCGUUGAUCUCGAGAUGGAGGGGGGUACCACAGCGACCCUGGAGCUAGGGACCCUCCGUGAACCCAUGAAUCACCCAGAGGGCCUCGUCAAUCCUGUCCAGGCUGAUGAUGUCUCAACGAAUCCCUCAACCGUGGCUGUUUCUCAUCCCUCCUCGGUUCCAUCAACCCUGGAACGUUCAGACAAUGCACCACUUCCCCCGUCCGAGUGGCCGUUUCGUGUCCCACCACCUCUUUCUCAGUUCCGCUUUGCUAACAACAAGAUGAAUCCGCGUGGCGCGAAGGAGGCCAGUGGCAGCGGCAGCACUCGGGUGGUGGCUGCGGUUUUCGUGGAGGAUGCAUCACUGCCGAUAGAAGUGGCGCCAUUUUGUAUCGCACUAGGGCAGCGGUGGUGCGCAGGGAAGCUGAUUGAGCGGUUGAAAGAAGAGGUGGCGACCUCCUCCGGGUUACCGCUGAGUGCCUUUACUGGGUAUGAUGUAUUUAUCCUCACUGCAGAUCCACCGACGAAAAUUAAUAGGGAGGAUCGGACCGUACCUAUUUCAAACGGUGACGUGUUGCUUCUCAGCAAAACAGAGCACCCGGUGGACAUCGCGGUUACCGGCGCAGGGGGAACUGUGAAGCGCGCCGUCGCGCAGGAGCUGGAUCGCAUGCGGCAAUUAAAAGGCAAGGAGCAGGCGGUGCUUAAGAUGGAGAUGAUGAAGAAGUGUGCACUCAUGUAG